AUUGAAGUGAAGUGUUUUCAUAAUCGGUAUGAAGAAUUAAAAUAAAUCUAAGACAUGUCGCGGCAGUAUAUUAUUUGAAUGUAGCCUUUGAACCACCGUCAAGCAGUUUGCUUCGCCUCUGACUGUAUAUUAUUUCUACUUUCAAUUUAUAUGCCUCUAAGUUUUCAGCACCUUGAUUAAACCCUUCAUUCCGACUAGUUUUUAUCUCUCUAUGCAUCAUGGAGUGUUUGGAAAUGUUUACCAGUGAAUUUUAUGCACCUUGAUUCAUCAUAUUCUUAUUUGUCGAAGAACUCAUUAUGAGGAGAACUCGAAGCAGCGUCAAGAGGACUACUUCGGAAGAUGUGGAGGCCCCUCAAACUCAGCCGGUGAAGAGGAGUAAGUACCGGAUUGAAAGUGAGUCUGAUUCAGAUGAGGAUUCUAACAGUUCCGCUGGCAGCAAUGGUAAAGUAAACAAGUAUGGUAUUGUAGAAAACCUAAACCUAAGUGAAGACUCGGAUAGUGAGGACAGUGAAAAAGAAAAGAUCAGUAAAACUAGGAAUACUACCUCACUUGCCAGUCUUGCAUCAGAAUGUCAGAAAAAAUCUGAAAUUAAAGUUGAGCUCAAUAACUCUCCACUAGCAGCAAAUUUGAGCGAUGAUUCUGAUCAAGAUGAAAAACCCGUUAAAUCAGAGUAUUUUGAUUUCACAGAAAUUUUGCAAUCACAAAAGACAGCCUCAGAAUCUAUUCAAGAUGAGUUAUCAUCUAAAGAUGUCAAAACAGAGGUGCCAGUCUCGAAAAAAGAAGAUGAAACAAAAGUUUCAAAAGCAAGCUCUAGAGGAAAGAAGCCAAGAGCCACUAAAAGCCAAAAGUUGCCAUCUCCUGACAAAUCUACUAAGUCGGGCGAUUCUAAAAAUUCUGUUUGUAGUGACAUUAAUGCUCUUAGUGUUGCUGAACUUCUUUUGAUUGGUGAAAAUAUUACCAGCGACAAAGAUGUACAGCAAUUGAAGGCAGAAGCUCCGGAAGAAAAGAAAAGCCAAGACUUAGAAAUUACAAUAGCCUUACCAGAUUUACAGCCUCAUUCAAAGAAAAAAAAGAAAGACUUGAAAGAGAUAAUGAGGUUGAAACUAAAUGCCAAAAGACGUGAAACUCAAGUUCUCAUGCAUAAAGUGCACAUAUUGGUGUGGAUAGCUCAUGGAAAUUUUUUGAAUUCAGUAUUAAAUUCUCAAGAACUUUUGGGCGCUGCCCUAUCACUAAUUCCAUCACCAGAUAGCUACCCGCGUAAACAUAUGGAUAUUGAUUAUCUGGAAAAACUCACUAAAUUCUUCAAGAAAAAAAUCACUGUAAACCCUGACUUAGCUGUGAAAGGAACAAUCAAUGAUAACUUAUUGGCAGCAUUCGAAAAUAAAGAAAUACCUGACUACAAGUACCUAGUUUUGAUGUUUAUUUGUGUUCUUCGAGCACUUGGUCUUCAGUGCCGACUUGUACUAAACCUUGUCACUGUCCCCUUAAAGCCCCCUCAGGAAGAUCUCUUAACACCAGAACAGAUGUCAUCUGCUGCCGGUGACGGCAAAAAAAGUUCCUCAGGGUCGAAGUCAACCCCUAAAAAAACAAAAUCCUCCGAAUCGAAUAAACGGAAAGAUUCAGAUCACAAGGAGCCGAGUAAUGAAAAGCCCAGUUCAAGCAGGAAGUCCACCAGAACAAAAACCUCUAAAGACCGUGAAGAUGUGGGUAAGAGUUCUAAAUCUCAUUAUUUUUCUGACAGUCCAGAGAGUCCUUCAAAAAGUUCUCGCUCUAAGAGUAGCAGUUCCAGAAGUAAGUCGUCCAAUUCAAAAACUUUACCUCAAAAAGAAGAAAAGAAAAAUGGAAGUAGUUCUAACAGAAAGCAAACCUCUAAAGAGGCGCACCAGAAGCCUGUGAAAAGAGCAAGCAGGAAUAAGAGGCAAGUAAAUGAAGCGUCAUGUUCGAAAGACUCUGAUUUAUUGGUGAUCGAAGAGGAUUUCACAAGUGAUGAUAGCGAAUCUGAUACUUUCGCAACUCCAAAAAAGAAAAUUUGCCGAAAAGUAUUAUCCACUGAUGAUGAAGAAUUUGAAGUUCCUAAAAAAGCGAAGUACAAGAAACCUGUAAAAAAAGGACAUGAUGUAUGGGCAGAAGUGUUUGCUGAGGCCGAGGAGAAGUGGUUGUCUGUUGAUGUUGUGAGCACCAAAAUCCACGUGACACAGCAGCUAUACAAUGCUGCCACCCAUCCGGUAGCCUACGUGCUGGCAUGGAACAAUGAUCAAACCAUCAAAGAUGUUACUCGUCGUUACGUAAUUAAUUACAACAGUGCUGGUAAAAAAUUUCGAGUGGAACCUGCUUGGAUGGAGAAGACCUUGCGGCCAUAUCGUGGCGCCCGCAGUGCUAGAGAUAAAGAAGAGGAUGAAGAUCUUGAUAAAUUGAUGCAUGAUCAGCCCAAACCACUCAGUAUAGCAGAGUAUAAAAAUCAUCCACUAUAUGCUCUGAAAAGACAUUUAUUGAAAUUUGAAGCAAUAUAUCCACCGGAUGCCCCUCCUCUUGGAUUUUUGAAGGGAGAACCAAUUUAUGCUAGAGAAUGUGUUCGAGAACUUCACUCCCGAGAAACAUGGCUCAAAGAGGCAAAAUUGGUUCGUGUGAAUGAGACCCCAUACAAAAUUGUUAAAGCAAGACCUAAGUAUGAUAAAUUCACAGGAACUGUAAAAACUGAUAUACCUCUAGAGCUUUUUGGAGAAUGGCAAACAGAAGACUAUAUGCCUCCUAUUGCUAAAGAUGGGAUUGUUCCGAGGAAUGCGUAUGGGAAUGUUGAUUUGUUCAAGCCUAGCAUGUUACCAAUAGGCACAGUCUACCUUGAAUUACCUGGAGUGUAUCGGGUAGCUCGGAAGUUGAAUAUUGACUGUGCAGCAGCUGUCACUGGUUUCGAUUUUCACUCUGGAGGAUCUCAUCCAGUUAUUGGAGGCUAUGUAGUUUGUGAGGAGUUCAAGGAUGUAAUUCUUGAUGCCUGGAAUGAAGAAGCAGAUAAUGCUUCCAAGAAGGAGGAAGAAAAGAGACUUGCUAGAGUUUAUAAAAACUGGAAACGCCUGAUAAGAGGUGCUCUCAUUCUUAACAGAGUGAAAUUGAGGUACAUGAGAAAUGAUGAUUGAGAGACAGAGAAAUAAAACAUUAACUCUUAAGCCGUAUAGUACCUGUUAAUUUAAUGAAUAAAGCUCUUUAAGAAGAUUGCUCAAUGUUAGUCCGUACUUGUAAUAAACAAAAGAUGAAACCAUCUUGGCUUGUUACUUUAAAAGUUGUUCGAAUAUUCCAUGAAUGCUCAUUUAUUAUCUACUUACUAUCAUUAAGUUUAAAAUAAAACUGUCAGCAUCACUUGAUUUUUUAAUGAAAUCUGUCCAAUUUUUAGAAUCUUACUACUAGGGCGCAUAAGUUUGCUCUAAAUUUUGAUUGUACAAAAUUUUACCUAUCACCAAGAUUCCAUUCCUCAAAAAAUCAUCUUAUGUGAACUCCAGAAAGCUCAGCAACAUUUCAGCUUGCGUUUUCCAUAGGUUGCCACCAAAUUGGGCGUGGAUAAUCGUCCAUCACCAUAGUGCCAUAACUUCAUAACUUAAAUGAAGCUCUCUUUAUUGCCUCUUGAAUUACGUAUUAUAUCUACUUUCUUGAAAUUAACUAAGAUUUUGGCUGGAUCCUCCACCUGUCUUUUCAUCGAAGUGUAUGUUUUAUCUCAAUUUAAUACGUAUACUAUCAUAAAUAUAAUGGGGUAAAAAUCUAGUGAGAAUGCAUCUACUUUUGAAGUGGCUGUAUUUCCUAAUUAUUGAAUAAAUUGUACUUACCUCUAA